CCCUGACUGGGAAUCGAACCCGCCACCUUUGGUGUAUGGGACGACACCCCAACUGCGCCACACUGGCCAGGGUCCACAUCUUUAUUUCCUCACUUUGUAUUGUAGAUAAGUCAUUUCACCUGUCUGCACCAUUGUUUCUCCAACUGUAAAUAACGGAACUAAUACCCAUCUCCUAGAAUUGGUGUGAAGGGUUAAGAAAGAUAUUGAAAAUGCCUAAUACUUAGAAGAUGCUCUAAAUAAUAUAAAUGUUCUAUUGGUCCUAUGAUGGUGAAGUCUGAAAUGAGAUUGGAUUAGAUGAUUUCCAGAGGCUUCAACUUUGUUUUAGAAGUCUGUUUAGAUGGCGUUUUAAAUGAGACUAAUAUGUAAAAUGUUUGGGCAGGGGUAGGGGUGUCAGAGCCCUGUCCUCUCAGCCUCUCACAGAUCUUACCCCUACCCCUUCCCUGGAGCCCCUGAAGAAUUUCUUUGAUUAUAAUUUGAAAAUUGCUCAUUUUGCAGAAAGAAGGGCAGUGAGCUCCAUUGGGGUGAGGGACGUAUUGAGAGUACCACUGCUACCUGUGGUGGCAGAGCUGGAACAAAACCUGUGGGGUCCCACUACUGCUUUGUGAGUUUCCAAACUAUUGGCAUGUGUACUACUCACAUUUGUUUGCCAGGUUUAGGGUGGGAUACAGAGGAGACAGGCGAGUGGCCGAAAUUGCCCCCUUAUGAUUGAAAGAACAUUGGACUGUUGAAGAGUGUGGUGCCAGAAGUCUUCCAUUUGUGAUGAAACAUACAGCUACAGAGAGGGGGCUGUAAGCCUCCAUGGGCCGAGGGAAAGGCUGAACUCUGUUGCUGGGACAUCUGUCCAGAACUACAGAACAAGAAGCUUGUUUCCCAACGGAAGGGUUAAAAACAAACCCCGCAAGACCGGAAGUUACGUGUCGCACCCCCAGCGCCGGCCUCCCUGACCCGGUUGAGGCCGUAGCGGACUGCCCUUCCCCAAGAUGGCGUCGAAGGUGGGUUCGCGACGAUGGAUAUUGCAGCUGCUCAUGCAGUUGGGCUCGGUGUUGCUCACACGCUGCCCCUUCUGGGGUUGCUUCAGCCAGCUCAUGCUGUACGCCGAGAGGGCCGAGGCGCGCCGGAAGCCCGACAUUCCAGUGCCCUACUUAUAUUUCGACAUGGGGGCGGCCGUGCUGUGCGCUAGCUUCAUGUCCUUCGGCGUGAAGCGGCGCUGGUUUGCGCUGGGGGCCGCACUCCAGCUGGCCAUUAGCACCUACGCUGCCUACAUCGGGGGCUACGUGCACUACGGGGACUGGCUGAAGGUCCGUAUGUACUCGCGCACAGUUGCCAUCAUUGGUGGAUUUCUUGUGCUGGCUAGCGGUGCUGGGGAGCUCUACCGUCGGAAACCCCGCAGCCGUUCCCUCCAGUCCACCGGCCAGGUCUUCCUGGGCAUCUACCUCAUCUGUGUGGCCUACUCACUGCAGCACAGCAAGGAGGACCGGCUAGCAUAUCUGAACCAUCUACCAGGAGGGGAGCUCAUGAUCCAGCUGUUCUUCCUACUGUAUGGCGUCCUGGCCCUGGCCUUCCUGUCUGGCUACUACGUGACCCUGGCUGCUCAGAUUCUGGCUAUACUGCUGCCACCAGUCAUGCUGCUCAUUGAUGGCAAUGUUGCCUACUGGCACAACACACGGCGUGUUGAGUUCUGGAACCAGAUGAAGCUCCUUGGAGAGAGUGUGGGCAUCUUUGGAGCCGCUGUCAUCCUGGCCACUGAUGGCUGAGUUGGACAGGGAGAGGCUGAAAUGGGUGGAGGGAGCCACUGAGGGCCACCCUACCUUCCUCCUUGCUGGCCCAGUUACGUUUAUUUAUGCGUUUUGGUCUAUUUGGUUGAUCCUUUGUUCUGUGUAUGUGUGUGUGUGUUGGUCUGUUCCCCAAUUCCUGGGCUCAGCCCUUGAUGGGAGGAGCCCUGAUGAUGCUGCCUUACAGGGUUUUUCCCUUUUGUUAGAAGGAGAGCUGAGGCCAGCUGCUCCCCUGGGUCUUAUGUCCCAGAGAAGAGAAUAAGGCAGGGCUAGGGGUAGAGGUACUGAGAGUGGGAGACAGAGGAAGGAAGACUAAGAACUGGAAGUGAGCAAAAGUGAAAAAUUCCUUUUGAACCUGGCAGAUGCAGCCAGGCUUUGCAAUGCUUUUCGGGGACUGAGAAUGAGUAUGCGUGUUGACACGUGGAUCAGGCCCAGGAGGAGCAUAGGGGUUGAACUCUACAGAAGUCAGAUGGGUUCUCAGGAUAUGCCAAAGGGAGAAAUAACACUAGUUGUCACCUACCUUGAGAGCAGAGCAGGCCCCAGUCUACUUGGGUGUGAAGGGGUGGGGCAGGCAGCAGCCAACUUCCCGCCUCCUGCCUUCUGUUUCCAGCUCUGUGGUUGGCCUGGUGGGGUGAGUAGCCUCCCAAACACCAGACCACACAGUCCUCCAAAAAUAAACAUUUUAUAUAGACA